AUGCGCUACAAGAAUAAUAUAGUGACCAACCACACCACCUACCAAAGUUACGACAGUUUCGGGCCAAUGGACGUCGAGGAUGUCGGAAAUGUCCUCCCUAAAAUUACCGAUUUCGGUUCGGCAUGGCAGCUCGUCGUCGACCCAGAAACCAAGUCGCAAAAUGAACCCGUUGUUACGUAUCCCAUACAACCGAACUACUACCGCGCACCGGAGGUUGUCCUUGGAUAUGGUUGGGAUUUCAGCGCAGAUAUAUGGAACUUUGGUGUGCUUGUUUGGAACAUCAUCGAAGGCACAGAAUUAUUCACUCAGGUCGAAGAUGCUAACGGUAGAUACGAUCCCAAAUCACAUCUGGCGGAAAUGAUUGCUCUGCUUGGUCCACCGCCUAAGGAGGUAAUUGAGCGAGCAGACUAUAUGUCCCAGGUAGAAUAUGAUUCAACAAUUAGCAUUGAGUUCGGAAAGCCGUGCAAGAAUGCCCGGGAGAUCUUUGGCGGCCCUUACUUUGAUGAAGAAGGGAAUUUCCUUCAUCGGGAACUAAUACCAAAUCGAAAACUUGAGGACACUAUCCCAUCUAUUGAUGACUCGGAAAAGGAGCUUUUCUUGUCAUUUGCUAGGGAUAUGCUCACGUGGGUUCCAUCGGAGAGGAAAACUGCCCGUGAGCUGACGAAGCAUCCGUUCCUCAAUUUCGGUGGGCAUGUUUCUAAAGAUAUCUUGGAAGGGCGCUCUUAG